AUGCUCUUUUGUUUUUCUGUUCUUGUUACUUGUAGUGGAGAUGCUAAAACGACGUGUUACACUGUGGUUAUGAUGAUGGGACUGUCAGCUGACAGACUGCAUGAGUUGCCCCAAUGGGCUGUCUAUACUGUCACAUAGUGAUCGAAUUACGUACAGUAUCAGUUAAUUAUUUCAUUUGCUCGUUUGAUUUUGAUAAUAAGAGGUCACAGAAGUCUAAAAUGGUACUUGCAAUGAGUUAAUAAUAUUUGCACACUUUAUCAUAUUGCCAGUGGUGGGUGACAAUGUGAGAGAUCAAUGCAAUAGAGUGUUGUCACAAAAGUGAUGUCUCAUCUAUGACAAUGACAACAUGCUCGAGCAUCACAGAAGUGGAAAAGAGGAGGAGAUGGAUAUGAAAACUUAUUGAGACAAUCUUUUGUAGAUGGAUUUUGGAAACAUCAGAUUAGGUGGAAAUGUUCUGUUUCAGACUAGACUGUACCCACCCGGAAGUGAGGGUGUGUGAGGAGGAGUAUAUAAGAGCAAACUCACCAGCUCACUUCAUCAGUAUCGAGGAUAUCGGUCAUCAUCAUGUUUUCAUUUUCUGUGACAGUUCUGGUGCUCAUUCAAGUCAUUGCUACUUCUGGUGGUCAAAGUGUGUCGGAUGAGAGAAAUCAGCAGACGUGUGUGUCUGCUGGUGUUCCUGGAGUACCUGGAUCACCUGGAGUAAAUGGAUCACCCGGACGAGAUGGAAUGAAAGGAGAAAAAGGAAUGAAUGGAGAGAAAGGAUUAGUGGGAGAUGAUGGUCGACAAGGAAUAAAAGGAGAAGAAGGAAGGAAAGGAGAGAAAGGGAUAAAGGGGGAGAGAGGAUUAGUUGGAGAUGUCGGCAGUAAAGGUAAUGCUGGGAAGAUAGGCCCACAAGGCCCACAAGGUCCAGAAGGUCUACAAGGGAUAAAAGGGGGAACAGGAAGGAAAGGAGAGAAAGGAGAAGCUGUGACACUCAACUGGAAACAGUGUGUGUGGAAAAGAGAUGAUAGUAAGGACAGCGGUCUGAUUCAGAACUGUAAUUUUAGGAAACAUGACAGCAAUUCAGCUCUACAUGUUGCAUAUGCAGGAACUCUCAGGGUUCUAUGCUCCAGUGGUCGAUGCUGUUCUCGAUGGCAUUUUACAUUCAACGGUAACGAGUGCAGUGGACCUAUGACUAUUGAGGGAGUUGUAGAUGGUACUCCAGCUAAUGAUGAUCCUCACCGUCACAGACAGAUUGAGGGAUACUGUGAGAACAUUCCAGCAGGUCAAGUCACAAUUGGAUUCAACAUUGGAAAGUGUAAGGGAUACUCGACAACUUAUGAUGGCUGGACAGGACAUCUUUCAGUAUCUCGCAUUAUGAUUGCAGAAGUUCCUCCAUCACAAAAGUGACUGAAUGAGAGAGGAAUUAGAACUUGUGUUCAGUAGAGUUUGCAGUAGGUACAAUACAAGGUUGCUGAAAUAGGAGAAUGGAUGGUGUGCAUGUUUGUCUCUCUUGCUGCAUGUCAGUGUAUGUAUGUAUGGUUAAUUCAAAGUGUAGCUGCAACUAACAAUCAAUAUUGA